AUGAUGAAACUUGGCAUGCUUGGGUUAGUGAUAUUAGCAGCAGUAGCUGCUCAAACCAUUCCAGGCUGCCAAGAAAGUUGCGGAAACAUUAGCAUCCCAUACCCAUUUGGGAUGAACCCUGGUUGCUACUUGGACGAUCCCUUUCUCAUCACUUGCAAUAACACCGCUUUCGACCAUCCCCAAGCCUUCUUAACGACCAGUGAUAUUCCUGUACUCAACAUCUCUCUCGAUGAGGGUCACCUGCUCAUCACCUCCAACAAGACUUAUCGUAUCUACUCCAAUGGAAACACCACCUCAUACCACAGGCACUCUCUCAAUCUAAAAAAAUUUUCAAUUUCAAAUACCAAAAACAAGUUCACUGUCAUCGGAUGCGACACAAUCGGUGUCAUCGGUGGUUAUCGGGGCCAAAGAUACACCACUGGUUGUCUGUCAUUCUGUGAUAGAAUUACUGAUGUAGUGGACGGUUCUUGCUCUGGCGUCGGCUGUUGCCAGACCAUUAUCCCAAAAAAUGCUAAGAGCUACUAUAUUGAUCUCUACAGCUAUUAUGGCGAUGAACAUGCCUUUGUUUCCGAGUUCAAUAAUUGCAGCUAUGGGUUUGUAGUGGGGGAUGGUUUUUACAAUUUCUCCUUUUCCGAUCUCAACAAUCUAACCACUUCUUCUUUUCCUAUGUUUCUUGAUUGGUCGAUCGGGAAUGAAACUUGUUACGAAGCAAAAAAGAACCAGACAAGUUACGCUUGCAAGGAAAAUAGCAAUUGCUUUGAUUCACAAAAUGUUGCUGGGUAUUUGUGCCAUUGCCUUGAAGGUUUCAAUGGAAAUCCUUACCUCCAUAAUGGUUGCAUCGAUAUAAAUGAAUGCGAAACAGGAUCACACCACUGCAAUUUUACUUGUCACAACUAUCCUGGUGGAUAUAAUUGUUCAUGUCCACCAGGAUACAUUGGUGAUGGAUGGAACAACGGUACCAGCUGCAGAGUAAAUCGCAACUCCAAGAGGUUUUUGGUCACCGUUGUACUGGGAAUCAGUAUCAGCCUCUUAGUUUUACUUCUUUUAGUUUCAUGGUUACACAUCGGACUCAGAAAAAGAAAGCUCAACAAGCUAAGAGAGAAAUUCUUUGAGCAAAAUGGUGGGAGCUUGUUAAGAAGAGAACUUUCAAGAUGCAAACUGUCUAAAGAAACAGCUCAAAUAUUUACAGAAGACGAUCUCAAGAAGGCGUCGGAUAAUUACCACGACAGUAGAAUCCUUGGUAGAGGAGGCCAAGGAAUAGUCUACAAAGGUAUAUUACCAGAUCAACGUGUGGUAGCCAUAAAAAAGUCGUCCCGGAUUGGAGAUGAAAGGCAAGUUGAAGAAUUCAUUAAUGAAGUGAUCGUCGUCUCCCAAAUUAACCAUCGAAAUGUGGUUAAACUACUGGGAUGUUGUUUAGAGACAGAAGUCCCUCUACUUGUUUAUGAGUUUGUCACAAAUGGUACACUCUUUCACCAUAUCCACAAUGUAGAAGACAACAAUAAUUCUCCACUGCUUCCAUGGGAGACUCGUUUCAAAAUAGCGAAUGAGACAGCCGGAGCACUUUCUUAUUUGCAUUCUGCUGCUUCAAUUCCGAUCAUUCACCGCGACAUCAAGUCUGCAAACAUUCUUCUAGAGGACGACUACACUGCCAAAGUGGCCGACUUUGGAGCUUCAAGGUUAGUCCCUUAUGAUCAGACAGAAUUAGUCACGCUUAUGCAGGGCACUCUUGGAUAUAUGGAUCCUGAAUACUUGCAGACAAGCCAAUUUUCCGACAAGAGCGAUGUUUAUAGCUUCGGGGUUGUCCUUGUCGAGUUACUCACUGGAAAGAAGGCAUUUUCAUUUCGAAAUCCGGAUGACCUGAGGAACUUGGCUAUAUAUUUUGUUUCUGCAAUAAAAGAAGAUCGAUUACUCGAGAUUCUUGAUCAUAGAGUGGUGAAUGCGAGCAAUGUUGAGCAGGUGAAGGAAGUAGCUAUGUUGGCUAGAAGAUGUGUGAGAGUGAAGGGAGAGGAGAGGCCAAGUAUGAAGGAAGUUGCAUACAAACUAGAAGGGCUGAGAGUUCAAGGUGAUCAUGAUCAUCGUCCUUGGGUUGCUUGUGAUUUGUACGCAGAAGAAACUGAAAGGUUCAUUAAGCCAGCAAAUGGUGGUGAUCAUGGUGAUGCUGGCAGUACUAGCAGCAGCAGGACAACUGGGUAUUCUGUCAUGAGUAGCAUGGAAAUUAAAGCUGUACUUUCUUUGGAUGUAAGAGUGUUAGUGUUAGUAAGGUUUCUCUCAUACGGUUGCAUGUGUAUUGUGUAUGCAAGUUCGUAUUUGUUGAGUGAGUCAUGGGAUAUGAUUCAGUCAAAAGCUGCUGUAGUGCUUUUGAAAAUAUACGUCGUGAAUGUCAUCGAUGUAGCAAUUGAUAAUAAUUUUGGGUUUAAAGCUAUUGCUGGCUUGUUAGGUCUCGAAGGAGCAAAAUAUAACCACACAAUGAUGAAACUUGGCAUGCUUGGGUUAGCAAUAUUAGCAGCAGCAGCUGCUGCUCAAACCAUUCCAGGCUGCCAAGAAAGUUGCGGAAACAUUAGCAUCCCAUACCCAUUUGGGUUGAACCCUGAUUGCUGCUUGGACGAGGACUUUCUCAUCACUUGCAACAACACCGCUUUCGACCCUCCCCAAGCCUUCUUCAUGACCGCUGAUAUUGAUAAUAUUCCUGUACUCAACAUCUCUCUCGACGAGGGUCUCCUGCUCAUCACCACCACCAUAACUUAUCGCAUCUACGACAAUGGAAGCACAACCUCAUACUUCGGAAACGCUCUAAAUCUAACAAAAUUUCCAAUUUCAAAUACCAAAAACAAGUUCACUGUCGUCGGAUGCAACGCAAUUGGUGUCAUCGGUGGUUCCCAGGGCCAAAGAUACACCACUGGUUGUCUGUCAUUGUGUGAUAGCAUUACUGAUGUGGUGGACGGUUCUUGCUCUGGCGUCGGCUGUUGCCAGACCAUUAUCCCAAAAAAUGCCAAGAGCUAUGAUAUUUAUCUCAACAAAUAUUAUGACGAUGAAUAUGCCUCUGUUUCCAAGUUCAAUAAUCGCAGCUAUGGGUUUGUAGUGGGGGAUGGUUUUUACACUUUCAACUCUUCCCAUCUCAAAAAUUUAACCAAGACUUCUUUUCCUAUGUUUAUUGAUUGGUCGAUCGGGGAUCAAACUUGUAAUGAAGCAAAGAAGAAUCAAUCAAGUUACGCUUGCAAGGAUUAUAGCAAUUGCUCUGAUUCACAAAAUGGUCCUGGGUAUUUGUGCCAUUGCCUUGAAGGUUUCAAGGGAAAUCCCUACCUCCAAAAUGGUUGCAUAGAUAUAAAUGAAUGCGAAACAGGGUCACACCAAUGCAGCAAUUUUACUUGUCACAACUAUCCUGGUGGAUAUAAUUGUUCAUGUCCAACAGGAUACGUUGGUGAUGGAUGGAACAACGGUACCAGCUGCAGACUCAAUCGCAACUCCAAGAGGUUUCUGGUCGUUGCUGUUGUACUGGGAAUCAGUAUUAGCCUCUUGGUUUCACUUCUUUUAGUUUCAUGGUUACACAUGGGACUCAGACAAAGAAAUCUCAACAACCUAAGAGAGAAAUUCUUUGAGAAAAAUGGUGGGAGCUUGUUAAGAAGAGAACAUUCAAGACGCAAACUGUCUAAAGAAACAGCUCAAAUAUUUACAGAAGAAGAUCUCAAGAAAGCGACGGAUAAUUACCACGAGAGCAGAAUCCUUGGUAGAGGAGGACAAGGAAUAGUCUACAAAGGUAUAUUACCAGAUGAACGUGUAGUAGCCAUAAAAAAGUCGUCCCGGAUUGGAGAUGAAAGGCAAGUUGAAGAAUUCAUUAAUGAAGUGAUCGUCGUCUCUCAAAUUAACCAUCGAAAUGUGGUUAAACUACUGGGAUGUUGUUUAGAGACAAAAGUCCCUCUACUUGUUUAUGAGUUUGUCACAAAUGGUACACUCUUCCACCAUAUCCACAAUGUAGAAGACAACAAUAAUGCUCCACUGCUUCCAUGGAAGACUCGUUUCAAAAUAGCGAGUGAGACAGCCGGAGCACUAUCUUAUUUGCAUUCUGCUGCUUCAAUUCCAAUCAUUCACCGCGAUAUCAAGUCUGCAAACAUUCUUCUAGACGACCUCUACACUGCCAAAGUAGCCGACUUUGGAGCUUCAAGGUUAAUCCCUCAUGAUCAGGCAGAAUUAUUCACACUUGUGCAGGGCACUCUUGGAUAUAUGGACCCUGAAUACAUGCAAACAAGCCAAUUGAACGAAAAGAGUGACAUUUAUAGCUUUGGGGUUGUCCUUAUUGAGUUACUCACUGGAAAGAAGGCAUUUUCUUUUCGAAAUCCGGAAGACGAGAGAAACUUGGCUAUCCAUUUUGUUUCCGCAAUGAGAGAAGAUCGAUUGCUCGAGAUUCUUGAUCAUAGAGUGGUGAAUGCGAGCAAUGUCGAGCAGGUGAAGGAAGUAGCUAUGUUGGCUAGAAUAUGUGUGAGAUUGAAGGGAGAGGAGAGGCCAAGUAUGAAGGAAGUUGCAUAUAAGCUAGAAGGGCUGAGAGUUGAAGGUGAUGAUGAUCAUCAUCCUUGGGUUGCUAGUGAUUUGUACCCAGAAGAAACUGAAAGGUUCAUUAAGCCAGCAAAUGGUGGCGAUCAUGGUGAUGCAGGACAACUGGGCAUAUUGUCAACAUCGAGUAGCAUGGAAAUUAAAAUUGGUAGAUGAUAAUAACCUCUCUCCCUUCUCCGAUGUAUUUCCGCUGCAACUUCUCAUCGUGGGUCCUUCCAAAGUGUGCCCUCUUGCUGUUUAGUAAUAGCCCUUCUCCUUAGAGGCAUCUUAUUAUUGUUAUUGGGCUUAUUGUUAUAGUCAUUCUUCUUGUGGGCUUUUAUUUUAGUCUUAUCUUUGGGCUCCAUGUUUUCUUAGCCCAUUAUUUAUCUUUUAUUUUUUACUUUACAUUUUUAUCAGUACUAUCCUUGACAGAACUUGUGUUAUAAGUUCAGGAAAGAGUCGUUGUAAU